AGGGCUGAACUAAGAAUAGAACUUUGUUGCAAUUUGCCAACAAGGAGUCCUAAACCGUUAUCCGCUACUACAGAUGUGUCUGAGGUCUAUACAAUAUUCCAUUGUCAGUAUGAGUUCCUCCUCACCUUAUCAAAACUCAAGGCAUGUGAUGUCCAUUCACUAUCCCUCAAAAUUCACACGUCCACUCACAUGCCUCAAAUACCCACUGUUACUCCAAGGACACGCUUUUUGGCAGUCUGACUCCACUCAGGAAAGCAAGAGGACGCGUGUAUAAAACACGUCCCCUGCCGCAGACCCAACCCAAAAAGUGCUGGAUUUCUGACUGAAUCUGAGAAGAUGCUUUUCCAGGCAAGAUUUGGGCUGAUGCUGAUGAUGACCAUGGCGAUUGGGUCAUAUUGUGCUACAGUGAGGCGCGAAGAGCGGGAAAACAAGGUCAACCCACUAUCAGGAUUGAAUGGAGAUCAGCAGGAGGUCAGGGAUUUGGCAUGUGUACACCGUCAACAGCCAACUGACCAACAUGCCACUGAAGACACACCAUUCAAUGAACAACAAGCACUGGAUGAGUUCCUGUCAGCCCUGAAAAGGGGGGGUGCUGAACUGGGGAAAAUGGACUUCUUGGGAACAUGUUCAUCUGAAUCUCAAAGUUCGCAGGUUUCACAUCUGGUUCAGAGUGUGCUCCAAAAACAAAGUGGCCUCAAGGGUGUGCAUGCUACAGGAGAUAUUUGGGAUGCUGAUAACGAAGGAGGGAUCACUUUAACCCUCAAAUUCCCAAAGUAUUCCCAACCGACCAGUCUGGCCUCUGUGAUGCUCCUGUUCAGUGUCAAUCCCGUUAAAGGAGAUGGUUUGAGAGUGCAAUUCAACAGUCAUUCCAUCCAUCAUAAUACACAGACGGUUUGCAUUUCUGAGUCUACACGUUUCCUGAUCGUCACCGGAGGAUGGAGUCAUGGCCACAUUCACCUUAAACUGAGUGCAACGGUUGAGACAUUGAUGGAUGAUAACAGGCCAAAACUCAGUGUGUCUGAACUUAAAGAAGCGUUGAUGAGAAAGAUGGAUGGUAGCGGUAUGAUGAUUAAGCCAGUUUUACUUUUUCUCUCUGACCUUGAUGAACCUCGCCUGAAACAUCACAGAAUUCCACAGGAUGAGAGGAUCCCAUCCCGAACGUAUCUUUUCCUUUGCGAGCUGCAGAAGUUCUUGAGGGACAUCCUGCCUCAGAACGAGGGUCUGAUACCGCAGGAUGACCCCACAGCAGUUUCUUUGGAUAUGCUACAUUCUCUUCCACCUCUCCGCCUCGGAGUGUCAUCCACAGAGUCGCUGCUGUCAGGACUGGUCAAUUCCUCCACGCCAACUGUAUUCGUGUUCCCUCAGAGACAGCAGGGCCUGCAGACCCACCGGGUGGAGGUGACGCUUGAUUCCCCGCUACUGUCUGUCCUCAGGAUGAGACUGGAUGAAGCCGUGGCUCAGGUCAAACAGCAGGAGGCGGGCCGGAAGAUGAUUGACAGACUGCAGAAACUGACUGAACUGAUCGCGCUUUCUCCUGAUGGAGAGGACAGUGAAGCAGCUACUAAGGACCACAAAGAGGCUCAGUACCGGUCAGUGUUGCUCCUGAAAGCCCUGCAGAUGGUGCUCAGCGUCUGGGAGGCAGAAAGAGCCCAACGAGCAGCGAGAGCCGAUGAAGACGGACCAUCGGCAUUCAGUCAAUGUCAUCUUCAGAGCCUGAGCGUCUCCUUGAGGAAGUUCUUCCUGGAGCCGUCCAGAGCCAACAUCAACAAUUGUGAAGGAACCUGCGGCUUCCCACUGAACAACGCCAACAACCACGCCGUCCUGCUGAACAGCCACAUCCAGAGCGGGCACCCGGUAAACCGCUCGCUCUGCUGCGUACCGGUGGAAUACGACGAUCUGUGUGUGAUUGAGCUGGAAAGUGAGACCACCAACAUCUCAUACAAGACCAAUGUGGUGGCGACCAAGUGCGAAUGCCGCUGACGAGCUUUAAGGCAAUGAAAUCUACAUGUUUUUGCUUGCUAAAGAGACGGUACACACAAAAAUGAAAGCAACUCUUCAUUUAUUUUAUUUUAUUUUUGGAAAAAAGGCUCAUUUUAUAACUCCUUAGAGUUAAAAGUUUCAUUUUAGCAUUUCUGAAUCCAUUCAGCUGAUCUCUGGGUUCGGUGGGAGCAUUUUUAGCUUAGCUUAGCAUAAAUCAUUUAAUCGAAUUAGACCAUUAGCAUCUUUCAUUCAUUCAUUUUCUUUUUGGCUUAGCCCCUAUAUUAAUCUGGGGUCGCCACAGCGGAAUGAACCGCCAACUUAUCCAGCAUAUGUUUUACGCAGCGGAUGCCAUCAGUGGGAAACACCCAUACACUCUCAUUCACACACAUACACUACGGACAAUUUAGCCAACCCAAUUCACCUCUAGCGCAUGUCUUUGGACUGUGGGGGAAACUGGAGCACCCAGAGGAAACCCACGUGAACUCGGGGAGAACAUGCAAACUCCACACAGAAAUGCCCUUUGAUAUACAUUGUAUUAUUAUAUGUCAUUUGGAGUGUAAAUUAGGUAAUUAGAGGGAAUAUUCACAUGUUUUGUGAUUCAAUUCAAUUAAACCACUUUUUGUUGUGGCAAAAGAUUAACUGUGAUCUUAGAUUUGUGUCUGCUGAGCUUAUGAAAAUAUUUAGCUUUGUUUGAAUAUUGAAUAUCAUAUUCACACACAUUUUCCAUGUCACUUUUAUAUAUAAUGAAUGUCACUUCUACAUAUAAUGGAUUGUAAAUGUUUUUACAAUGACUCGCAAAAAUAUAACAAUAAAUGUAAAA